AUGUCGAGCUCAAAUCAAGUAAUGCAAGUUCAAGAAAGUAGUCGAGAAGCUGAAAGGAAGAGAAAAUUUUCCAACAUGGAAAUUUGCGAUGCAAGCGUGGUUGAAACACGGCGACCUGUGGGGGAGUGUGCCACCGUAAAAGAGGUAUGGGAAAAAUUACAAACUACUUUCGAAGACUCGGGAUUGACGCGGAAGGUCAGCCUCUUGAGAACCUUAGUAAUUAUACAACUACAAAAAUGCAGAGAUGUUGAGGAAUAUGUAAACAUUAUAACAACAACUGCUCAUAAACUUAAUGGCGUAGGGUUCAAGGUAUCAGACGAGUGGGUAGGAACGCUGCUCCUGGCAGGACUACCAGAAAACAAAGUCGAAGGCUGUACGGUGCUUUCGUUAACCGAACAACCAAAUACAAGCGAACAAAAUGAAAAGAAGACAGUGCCAACACAAAGUAAAACAUAUUGGGCUUUCCUAUCAUUAAUGGGAACGAACGGUGGAAACUGGUAUGUCGACUCGUGUGCGUCAAACCAUAUUUCGGCGGUGGAUGAGGGACUGAGAAACGAGAGGAAAUGCUCAGUAGCGAAAGUUACUAUGGCGAACAAACAAGGUAUGUCAGCAAGGUCGACAGGGGACAUGAGCCUGGAGGUUCCAACGAGUAACGGCAUACAAGAGAUUACAACGUGCAACGUGCUCCAUGUACCAGAAAGCUCAGUUAACCUGUUGUCACACGAUGUCGCUAGAAGGUGGAAUAUACAAGCUCGACAUCGUAGCGGACAAGGCCUUCUUUGCGGUAGAGCGACCAAUGGCAGAACUCUGAGACAGGAAACUUGCCAUCUUCAUUAUCUAGGCGUAUCAAAACUUAGUAAUGAUACGGCGACAGGAAUAAAGCUGAGUAAUAUUGAGGAAAAGCCUUGCAUUCCAUGCAUCAAGGGUAAGAUCGCAAAGAAAUCGUUUCCAAAGGAAGGGAAACGUGCGAAAGAAAUACUCGAAGUAAUACAUUCAGAUUUAUGUGGACCUAUGGAGAGUGCAUCCAUUGGAGGGGCGAGGUAUUUUAUAACUUUGAUCGAUGAUUUCAGUCGUAAAGUGUUCAUCUAUUUUUUAACAGAAAAAGGCCAAGCCAGAGACGUUAUCGUGAAUUUCAGAAUGUUUGUGGAAAAACAGACCACAAAAGAGAUCAAAUCCAUUCGAAUUGACAACGGAGAUCUCCGACUAGCGGAAUUGGCGGGAAAACUCCAGAAGAAACAGCGUCGCGGUCCAGCUCUUUGGCUAUUGCAAGCGUAUUGUAACCAUAACGCUUCUUGUGCCGUUGAAGAUAGCGCCAUGUACUCGGCCUCCGUUGUGGAUAACGCUACUGUGCGUUGUUUCUUGCUUUGCCAAGAUAUAGGUCCUCCUUGGAAGAGGAAGAUGCUUCCAGUAAUCGAAUGUCUGUUGUCGGCGUCGUUCACCUAG